GCUUCUGGGCCGUCACCCUGGGGGCAGCGGUUGGGCUUUUCCUCCUCGGGUUCCUCAUCGCUGCUAUCUUUCUGCAUUGGCUGGCAGCAUCAUGCUCUGUGUGCAGGGAAGAUAGGAGUUCUCAACAUCUCUUCAUUUGGAGGAGAGGAGGUUCAGGGGAGAUCUCGACACUCUUUACAACUCUCUGAAAGAAGGUUGCAGCCAAGUAGGGGUCAGCCUCUUCUCUGAGGCUGGUUUGCAAAACCUGUAGAAGAGAAGACACCUUUAAGACCUCAUGUGGAGAUGAAGGCGGCAUUUAUGGCUGAGAUGAAAGCUGAAAACAUCAAGCACUUUCUUUUCAAUUUUACACAGCGUCCUCACCUUGCAGGAACAAAGGAGAAUCUCCAUCUGGCUCAGCAGGUUCAAGCUGAAUGGAAGGAGUUUGGUUUGGAUUCUGUUCAGUUGGUUCAUUAUGAUGUCCUGCUCUCUUAUCCUGAUGAAAAUAAACCAAAUUACAUCUCAAUAAUUGAUGAGCGUGGAAAUGAGGUGUUCAACACAUCAUUGUCAGAGCCGCCUCCUGCAGGGUAUGAGGCAGUAGGAGAUGUGGUGCCACCCUACAGUGCAUUUUCAGCCCAAGGAAUGCCUGAGGGUGAGUUAGUGUAUGUCAAUUAUGGCCGCACCGAGGACUUCUUUAAGCUAGAACGUGAAAUGGGAAUUAACUGUACAGGAAAGAUUGUUAUUGCCAGAUAUGGGAAGAUCUUCAGAGGAAAUAAGGUGAAGAAUGCUGAGCUGGCAGGUGCCAAGGGAAUUAUUCUCUACUCGGACCCUGCUGACUACUGUGCUCCAGGAGUAGAUCCGUAUCCAAAUGGCUGGAACCUUCCAGGUGGAGGAGCUCAGCGUGGAAAUGUAUUAAACCUGAACGGUGCAGGAGAUCCUCUGACCCCAGGCUAUCCUGCAAAAGAAUACACCUACCGCUUAGACAAAGCCAGUGGUGUAGGUCUCCCAAAAAUUCCAGUUCAUCCCAUUGGCUACCAUGAUGCUGAGUCAUUACUGAGUAAUAUGGGAGGAUCUGCAGCACCGCAUAGUAGCUGGAAAGGAAAUUUGAAUGUGUCUUACAAUGUUGGUCCUGGUUUCACAACAAAUUAUUCUACAAGAAAGGUAAAAAUGCACAUUCAUAGCAACAACAAAAUAACAAGAAUUUACAAUGUGAUUGGUACCAUCAGAGGCACAGUGGAACCAGAUAGAUAUGUCAUCCUGGGAGGCCACCGUGACUCAUGGGUAUUUGGUGGCAUUGAUCCUCAGAGUGGAGCAGCUGUGGUUCAUGAGAUUGUGAGGAGCUUUGGAAAACUGAAAAAAGAAGGAUGGAGGCCACGGAGAACAGUGAUAUUUGCAAGCUGGGAUGCAGAGGAGUUUGGCUUGUUAGGAUCAACAGAGUGGGCUGAGGAAAAUGCCAAACUGUUGCAGUCACGAGGAGUGGCUUAUAUCAAUGCAGAUUCUUCCAUUGAAGGAAACUAUACGCUAAGAGUGGAUUGCACACCACUGAUGUACAAACUGGUGUACAGUGUGACCAAAGAGAUACCAAGUCCUGAUGAAGGGUUUGAAGGAAAAUCUCUUUAUGAGAGCUGGUAUAAAAAAAAUCCAUCAACAGACUAUAAAGAGGUCCCCAGAAUAAAUAAACUGGGUUCUGGCAAUGACUUUGAGGUCUUUUUUCAACGUCUUGGCAUCGCUUCAGGCAGAGCACGUUACAGUAAAAACUGGAAUGUAGAAAAAUAUAGCAGCUAUCCAGUUUACCACAGUGUGUAUGAAACCUAUGAAAUUGUGGAAAGAUUUUAUGAUCCCUCUUUCAAGAAUCAUCUGACAGUAGCUCAGGUACGGGGAGGGUUGGUGUUUGAAUUGGCCAACUCUAUUCUGCUUCCUUUUGACUGUAGAGAUUAUGCAACAGCUCUGAGCAGCUAUGCUCAUGUCAUCUAUAACAUGUCAAGGAAUCAUGAGGAAGAACUGGCAGCAUACAAUGUAUCCUUUGUUCCUUCCUUUCUGCUCCUUCCAGAUGCUCUCUUUUCAGCUGUGAAGAAUUUUACAGAAGUUGCUGAUAGCUUUCAUGAUAGACUGCAACAAAUAGAUAUCAACAACCUGCUUGCUGUUAGAUCGUUAAAUGAUCAAGUCAUGUUUCUAGAAAGGGCUUUCAUCGAUCCACUUGGUUUACCUGGAAGGCCAUUUUACAGACAUGUUAUCUUUGCUCCAAGCAGCCAUAACAAGUAUGCAGGAGAAUCAUUCCCAGGGAUCUAUGAUGCCAUGUUUGACAUUAAAAACAAAGCUGAUCAAGAUGAAGCCUGGAAAGAAGUUAAGAGGCAGAUCUCCAUUGCAGCCUUCACUGUACAGGCAGCAGCAGGAACACUCAAAGAAGUAGCAUAAAUAUCUGCAUUAUCAUCAAUGAAGACUAUGUUUAACAGUGUGCAGAAGCCUCAAAACCAGAACAUUUGAAAACACUAAGACAAUUACUAGAAGUGCCACAAAACCCAAACAGUCUUGUUCUUUCUUAUUAUUAUAACCAAGUGGAAUGCACUUAGCAGUGUUAACAAGGUAAUAAUGUAUUAUAUAAAUUCUGGAUAAUGGAUGCAUUAUAUAAAUUCUGAAGUGAAAGUCUGCAUUAAAAAACAUAUUUUCUCUGCUUCACAUUUUAAGAAUCUCUAGCCAAGGGAUUUAUUUUCAGAGCUUUCAAUUCUGCUUGCUUAAUUUUUUAUCUUUGUAUUUUUUACCUUUGAGUUGCAGAUUUGUACUCUGUGACCAUCUUUUUGCUUUCCUUUUACAUGAAGAUUCACAUAGAAAGAUGGGAAAACUGUUCCAUACCAUGUGAAGAAUGCAUUAGGAUCAUAACAAAUUUUGAGCUGCCAGCCCAAAAUACUCAUACCUAUGUUGUAUUAUCUUGGCCAUACCAUAGCAUUCUUACUAUUAAGACAAUUAGAAGAAAAGAAAAUUCAUCAUGUCUCUUGUGUGAAAAUUUAUUAAAUUAUUAAAACCGCCGUAGAACCUGUAUUUCUGAUUUUGGCAUGCAGCUUACUCUUACACCAAGCUGCUGAAGGGACAACUGAAAUCGAUGGAGAAGACUCAGAAAACCAGGUCAAUUCAUCUGACAGUCUGCCACUGCAGGAAUUCAAUAAUAUUUCUGUGAAAUUUGAUUUGUUAUUUCAUCUGAGUCCUCCACCAUUUCUUAGAAGAUUCAUCUGGUGGAUUUCAGUGUAGUGAUUUUUUAUUUUCCAUAACAAUUAAUUUAUUCUUAACAAUUCUUCUCACAUUAAAAACCUUUGUUGUUAGAUCAUUUUACAUGGCAGCUACUCUUUCUCAAAAUAAUUCAGUUUAUCAGGUAGUGGGAAGUGCUCUUGCAACCACAGUUGUUACCCAGUUGUUUACAUAUUUCUAUGGAAUUGAUUAAAGCUGGAAUAAAAGCAUGAAGACACGUUCUCCAAAAUCAAGUUGUGUGGAUGGGAGGCAAUGCUGUCUUAGUUUUAUCACUGCUGUCUGCUCCACUGCUCCUUUUGUCAAUGAAGCAAUGAAUCAUGAUGUUCUAUGGUCCAAUUCUUGCAAAAUUAGUGAGGUUAGUUUCGGUUAUCAGUUAAGUUAACCUAUAGGAUUUUGUGUUUAAAGAUCUCUUUUCCCUUCCCUUCCCUUCCCUUCCCUUCCCUUCCCUUCCC